UCUACUAUUUGUGUAGCUCUUCCACGGAAGGAAAGGAUAGUUGGGGGUUCGGUGGUCAAUAUCAACCAAUACCCAUAUGCAGCGGUUAUGUUGGUGUCAACCAACAAUGCUGCCUUCCGCCAGGACUGCGGUGGCACCAUCCUCAACAACAGAUCGAUCAUGUCUGCAGCCCACUGCUGGGUUGGUAAACACAACACAAGGUUCACGGUUCGGAUUGGUUCAACCAACGCCAACAGCGGUGGUGUUGUCCACAACGUCAACAGACAUAUCACCCAUCCGAGCUACAACGUUGGUGGGUUCAUGAACAAUGACAUUGGCAUCGUGAGACUGGCAACAGUCAUUAGCUUCAACAAUAACGUCAGAGCUGGAUCCAUCGCUGGAUCUAACUUCCAUUUACCUGACAACACGUUGGUCUGGUCGAUUGGAUGGGGCCUUACUGCUGUAAGUUCUACAUUUUGUUAUCACUAUCAUUGGCAAGGAAAUCUAUCUGAGCAAUUACGCCACGUUCAACUGAGGACAACUAAUCAAGCCGAAUGCCAAAGGAUAUAUGGUUCCCAUGCUGUCAAUGCCAACAUGAUCUGCGCUGGCUGGCAUACCGACGGGCGGGGCUCUUGCACUGCUGACUCCGGUGGUCCACUGCUGCACAACCAUGUCGCCUUUGGCAUUGUUUCCUUUGGCACUAAUUGUGGCCAAGCGCGCUGGCCCGGAGUAUACACGAGAGUUUCGAGAUACACAUCCUGGGUACAAUCUAACUCUUAA